GUAUAAAUUUGUUAGCGGAGAUUCUAGCAAGGUACGGAAAAACUUAUACAUGGGAACUCAAAUCGCGUUUAAUGGGACUCCCUCAACACGAGGCUUGCGUUGCCUUUGUAAAUGAAACAGGCAUUGACCUAACGGCGGAGGAAUACCUUAAAGAACGAAACGAAAAACUGAAUAAACUAUCACCUUAUGUCAAACCUAUGCCUGGUGUCAUGCGACUUAUAAAACAUUUGAAAGCACAUAAUAUUCCAAUGGCAGUAGGUGUAGCAACAAGUUCAUACCGCGAUAGUUUCGAGGUUAAAACAACCAAUAAUCAAGAGCUUUUUAGUAUGUUCGACAGUAUUACCUGUGGCGAUGAUCCGGAUGUCAAGUGUGGCAAGCCAGCACCGGACAUAUUUCUUGUAGCAAGUAAGAAAAUAGGAAAUCCUCCUGUUGAACAAUGUUUGGUAUUUGAAGAUGCAAUUAAUGGAAUCCAAGCAGCGAAAAAUGCGGAAAUGAAUGUUGUUUGGGUAGCACAUCCGGAAUUGGCGGCAAUAUAUCCAGGUAAUAAUGGAGCGGAUGAAAAGAUUUUUUCAUUGGAAAACUUUAAUCCAGCGAAAUAUGGAUUACCACCUUUUGAUGGCAGCGGCCUUUUUCGAAGGAAUACUGUUGUUACCCCUAAACGCGAUGAAGAUUUCGGAGAUUACGCGACUGUUAUUAGCUCGGAGGAUGACCCAAAAAGACUUAAGGAAUAUAUCACCAAGCUAUACAAGUCUCUAAAGGAAAAGAGUAAAGGUCUUAAGUCAUCCUAUGCAAAACUUGAUUUGUUGAAUAAUGAAAUCAGUCAAGAGAAACUGAGGUUGGUAGACAUUGAAGAUGAAAACAAGUCACUUCGAGACCAAAUGCAAGAAAUGGCCGAUCAAUUGGCGUCCAAGGAUGAAUUAUUUAGUCAAUGGCAGGCGAAGUUGGUUGAACAAACACAAAGAGAACGCGAUGUGCUAAUUGAAGAAAUGGAUGAAGAGCGCGCGCAAUUCAAAGAACGGAUCAAUCAACUUGAAGAUGCUUUAAAUCUCGCCAAUGUAGAAAUUACACGAUUAACUAUCGAGAUGACUGAUCUAACCAAUUCACAAAAAAAGAGACGAAUGUCAACUACUAGUACGACGGAUGAGAAUAGAUCUUCCUUGGAUAUAUUGUUUAAUGGCAAAAAGAGUAAAGAAGAUGAUCGAUACGAACUUACGAAACAAAUCUUAGAAAUCACACAACGAAGGAUAAGUCUACAAACAGAGCUUACAUUAUUAGAGGACCAGUAUGAUGAUUUAAAGAUUCAAUCAAAUCAACUCUCGAAGGAGAACCAACUACUCCGGCAAGAAAACGACACCCUUAAGCAACAAAUUGGGAAAAAAAUGUUUAUGAGGUCUUUAGAAGAUGUCAAUUUAAAUGAAUAA